AUGAGCAAGGAACCAUCAAUAUCUUUUCUACUGGGGGACUUUCAAGCAUUGGACCAAUUCCAUCCUACCAUUGAUAGACCUUUCUUCAAUGUUUCCCUUUGGGGACAUUUUGAAAGGUCCAUGACAUCUCUAUCGAGAGGAGCUUUUGUUCCUCAUGAGUUUCAAUUUGUGGAGGGGAAACUUCCAUUAAGCUUAUGGAAUUCGGUUAUAUUUGGCAUUAUGACUUACUAUGUCGUAAUCUUUGGUGGCCAGUCCCUUUUGAGGGAUACUAAACCAUUAACUUUGAACUUUUUAGUCAAGGUGCAUAACCUAUUUUUAACCAUCCUCUCAUUUAUUUUAUUUGUUUUAAUGACAGAACAGGUCAUUCCAAUGAUUAUAAAAAAGGGUAUAGUCUACUCAGUAUGUGAUCCUGAGGCUUGGACUCAACCUUUGGUUACGUUAUACUACUUGAAUUAUAUCGUCAAAUUCAUUGAAUUUAUCGAUACCGUAUUUCUCGUUUUAAAGCAUAAGAAAUUGACUUUUUUACAUACGUAUCAUCAUGGAGCUACUGCAUUAUUAUGCUUCACACAACUAAUUGGGAAAACAGCCGUUUCAUGGGUACCAAUUGUACUCAAUUUGGGUGUUCACGUAGUUAUGUAUUGGUAUUACUUUCUAUGCGCUAAUGGAAUAAAAGUCCCCUGGAAAGCAUGGGUAACCAGAUUUCAAAUUGUUCAAUUCAUUUUAGACGUUGCAUUCAUAUAUUUCGUGGCCUAUCAAAAGUUCACUUCAGUGUUUUUUCCACAACUUUCCACCUAUAAAAACUGUUCAGGUACUAUUUCUGCAAUUUGUAUUGGUUCAGGUAUCAUCACUUCCUAUCUUUUCCUAUUCAUUGGUUUUUAUAUACAUGCAUACAGAAAAAAUGCAAGGAAGGGUGUCAAGAAGACUUAUAAAAAGGGAAAGGUUCAUCCAAAGACUAUUUAA